GGAAGAGGUGGUGGCGGUGGCGGUAGGGUGAGAUAAAGGGUGUUUAGGACCCCUGGGCUCAGUCUGACUGGGAGGGCCAACCUCCUGGGUCAGAUCAGGUCAGUCUCUUUCCCGCUGAGGCCGAUUCCAAUCUUUUCCGCUAGGAAUUAUCAGUGUUAGAUAAUGCUGGUUUCUGUGUUCCAUUGGAUUUCACUCUUGCUUCCAGUCAAGGCCCCCAGAUUAAAUCUUCUCUGGAUUCUGAGACUGUUGGUCGUUUGAAGUUUAUACCGACUGUGGGCUACCACCUGCAAUGGAAAUGAAGGUGGUAGUGAAUCACUUCCUGUUGUGGACAGAGAGGCCUGGUGCUCAGCAUUCAUUUCAACCUGGGUCCUCCUAGUGCAAUCGUUCUGAUUUGCAGAGGAUCUACACAUUAGUGUUGGAAAGGCACUGCUCUGGCAACCUCCAGGAUGACUCUAAAAGCUCUCUUCUUCUCACUCCAUAAGAAGAUGCUGAUGGCUAAAAGACCAAAUGGCUCCCAGAGAGAGAGGAUGCCAGAAGGAAGAUAGGCAAUGGAAGAGGGAGAGAGUCCCAAGCAGACUCCCGCUGAGUGUGCGGCCAGAUGACUGAUCACAGGGCUCCAUCUCAAGACCUUGAGAUCAUGACUUGAGCUGAAAUCAAGAGUGGGACCCUUCACUGAUGGAGCCACCCAGGUGCCCCCAGUCCGUUCAUUUUUACAUUUGGGACUUAGGCCGGUUGAUUUUUAAGUUCCCUUCCUGUGUCAUGCUGAGCAUGCAGCUGGAGUGUGAGGAUAUUUUGCUAUUGGUUUUACUGUUAAAUUUCGUCCUGGGUCUCCUUGUUGCUAUAGGUCAGCCCUUCCUCGUUCAUUCCUCGUUCCUCGGUCAGCCCUUCCUUGGCCAGCUUCUGCACCUGCGCUGUUGUUAGGUGAAAAACUGAAAAUUGGCUUUUCGGAAAUUAUCUUACUCAAUGAAAAUGCAGGAAGCUUGUGCAUGAAAUUCAUUCGUCAAACACACACACACACACACACACACACACACACACACAAACCACACAGAGCAAGAAACCACAGGGCCUAUCGGUUUGUCGUCAUCGAGCAGACAAGAGCAGAACAGUGCGAAAAGUCUAGGCUGAGAGGAAAUGCACUUGAGAGAAGGGGGAACACGGCAGGGAGGAGAGAAAGAGGGCAGGAGUAGGAGAGAGCUGUAGGGCUGGGGUGCCGGCAUGGUGGGAGGAUGGAAGAAGUGGCAGUGAAACAGGGCUUCCUGUACCUUCUACAGCAGCAGACUUUUGGAAAGAAAUGGCGCCGUUUCGGGGCUACGCUGUAUGGAGAGUCAGACUGCGCCUUGGCCCGGCUGGAGCUCCAGGAGGCCUCGGAGAAGCCGCGGCGGGGAGAGGCCGCCAGGAAGGUGAUCCGCCUCAGUGACUGCCUACGCGUGACCGAGGCCGGCGGGGAGGCCAGCAGCCCCCGGGACACCAGCGCCUUCUUCCUGGAGACCAAGGAGCGUCCGUACCUGCUGGCGGCCCCUGCUGCGGAGCGCAGCGACUGGGUCCAGGCCAUCUGCCUCUUGGCCUUCUCCGGCCAGAGGAAGGAGCUGCCGGGGCCAGCGGGGAAGGGCAGCCGGCCCCGCAUGGAGGAAAAUGAACUGUACAGCAGCACGACCGCAGUAGCCCCCCGCAAGGAGUUUGCCGUGACCAUGAGACCCACAGAAGCCAGUGAGAGGUGCCGGCUCCGGGGAUCCUAUACCCUCCGGGCUGGAGAGAAUGCCCUGGAGCUGUGGAGUGGCCCUGAGCGGGGCACCCAGCUCUACGAGUGGCCCUACAGGUUCCUGAGGCGCUUUGGGCGGGACAAGGUCACCUUUUCCUUCGAGGCGGGCCGGCGCUGCGUCUCUGGAGAGGGCAACUUUGAGUUCGAAACCCGGCAAGGCAACGAGAUCUUCUUGGCCCUGGAAGAAGCCAUUUCUGCCCAGAAGAACAGUGCCCCUCCCGGGCCCCAAAGCCAGCCGGCCACAGCCCCUCCGGUGCUGCCCCGGCCAGAAAGCCCCUACUCCCGGCCCCACGACUCACUGCCACCUCUGUCACCCUCCACUCCAGUGUCCACCGCCCAGCCACGGGGCCCAGAGGGAGAAUAUGCAGUGCCCUUUGAUGCCGUGGCCCGCAACCUGGGGAAGAGCUUGCGGGGCAUCCUGGCGGUCCCUCCCCAGCCCCCGGCGGACCCUCUGUAUGACAGCAUCGAGGAGCACCCACCCCCACGACCUGACCACAUAUACGAUGAGCCUGAGGGAUUGGCUGCCCUGUCCCUGUAUGACAGCCCACAGGAGCCCCAGGGUGAGGCCUGGAGGAGACAGGCCGCAGCUGACAGGGACCCCAGCGGCAGCCAGCACGUCUACUCAGCAGGGCAGGACUUCUCUGCCUCUGGCUGGCCGCAGGGAACUGAAUAUGACAAUGUCAUACUUAAGAAAGGCCCAAAGUGAUGCCUAAAGUGGAGGAGGUAUGGAUCUUAUCAGAUGUGGGUGCUGAAGCCUGUGGGGGCUGAAGCCUGCCUGUCCCCACUGGGGUGGGGUCAGAGGCCUAUGAGAAGGAGCAAGGAGCGUGAUGGAGGCACCAGGCCUCCCUUCUAGUUUCUGCUGGUUAUUCCUCCUGGCUGCUGCAUUCCAGGAACUUCCCUCUGUUCCUUCCGGAACCCUGGGCUUGGCCUGCCGUAGUCUGGUCUGAGGACUUGUCCCUCCCAGGGCCUGCCGUAUGAGUCAUCAUCCUAACACAGGAAGAGUGCCUAAAAGAGACACACCCUCCUCCUACCCCUUUCUACUUCCUCUUCUUUCCCCAGCCUAAAGGAACCUUGGCAUUUAGGGCAGAGGACAGAAGAAUGUCAGCAGAUUGCCCUGGUUCCUUGGCUUAUGCACGCCUCCUGCCUCCUGGGGACAACCCUGGCUCCAGGCACCCAGGAGGAUGACUGUAACUUUCUGGAGGUUUUGGAUUUCUCUGUGGCAUUAAACAUUUCUGGAAUAUUUA